CUCCCAUUGUCCACGAAAAUUUACUUCUCCGGUUUUGAUACUAAUCCAAUUAGUUAGAUUGUAUCGUUUGUAUAUGUAAUGUGAUAAACUUCCAAUAUUGUAAUAUUAUAAAGUAUAUUUAAAUAGCAAAUGAGCACCCUAAACUAAAUUUUGUGCUCAGCUAACAAAAAUUUCAUUUCCUGUUGAAAUUGUCUCGACUUCCGGUCUGAAAACUAGCACAGUUUGUUUUGUUUUGAAAUACCUGAAAAUGGGGAAGAAACAACAUCAGAAAGACAAAUUAUAUUUGACCCAUUCUGAAUGGACCCAUGAAUGGGGUGGAUAUAAAGGUACCAAGAAUACUGGAAGUAAUUCUCGAUUCAGACGUCUACCGUUUCACUGUUGUAGUUUAUCCAUGCAGCCAUUUGAGAAUCCACUGUGUACAAAAGAAGGAAUAGUUUUUGAUCUGAUGAAUAUUGUUCCUUUUCUAAAGAAAUAUGGACUUAGUCCCGUUACUGGUGAGAAAAUGAGCUUCAAAGAAUUGAUCAGAUUAAAUUUCCACAAAAAUAGUGAUGACAAGUAUCACUGUCCAGUAACAUUUAAAAUCUUCAAUGAAAACAGUCAUAUUGUAGCCAUUAAACCUACUGGCCAUGUUUACGCACAUGAGGCUAUAGACAGAUUAAAUUUAAAAGCUAAGAAUAUGAAAGAUUUAAUAACAGAUGAGCCGUUUGAAAGAAAGGACAUUAUUACCAUACAAGAUCCAACUCAUCUAGAUAAAUUUAAUAUUGCUGAAUUUUAUCACAUCAAAAAGAAUCUCAAAGUUACUGAUGAAGACGAAGAGGCAUCAAAGAAAGAUCCACGACAUAAUUUAAAAUCCAUCAAUCAUGAAGCCAAGAAUGUUUUAGAUGAACUUGAUAGAGAUUACAAACCAUCGUCUAUACUGGUAAUAUUAAAUACUUCAAUAUAA